AUGAGGAAGAAGCCGAGAUUCCACUCGCUCAAGAAGCUGAAAGUGCGGCAGGACUGGUCGCGCUGGACGCUGUACAGUCUCGCGCAGCUCAAAGCCCCCAACGUCGUCAGCCGCACCUACUUCCAGCAGAAAUGGACGGCCAAGGCCGACACGCGCGCCUACCACGGCGAGCAGAUCCGCGAGAAGAAGUGGCGGCGGCUGUUCAAGCGCAGCCUGCCCGCCGUCGUGCCCAUGGACCACAAGUACCUCGCCAGGUACGACGGCUCCGAGCAGGCCGCGGGGCGGGGAGCAGGCGCCGACACGGUCGACCGCGAGCGCACCCCGCCCAUGACGCCCUACAUGCAGAUGGCCUACUACCCCGUCGAGCGCCGCCUGGACACGGCCAUCUUCCGCUCGCUCUUCUCGAGCAGCGUGCGCCAGGCGAGGCAGUUCUGCGUCCACGGCCUGGUGCGCGUCAACGGCAAGAAGAUGCCCUACCCCGGCUACAUGCUCAACCCCGGCGACAUGUUCCAGGUCGAGCCCUCGUCCGUCAUGUUUGCGACCGGCGCCCAGAAGGAGCGCUCCAACGUCGCCCGCCGCGUCAUCAAGGAAAAGGCCGCCGAGCGUGCUGCUGCCCGUGAGGCGUCGGGAGGCCAGACCCCCCGCCAGCCCGCUGAGCCGGCCGUGUCCCGGAGCACCCGCGAGGAGCCCACCGCCCCAGAGCUGAAGAAGCACCUCCAGGCCAUGAUGGAGCACGUCGACGACGUGCUCGCCGAAGACGUCAAGGCAAAGGACAAGCAGAAGUUCCGCGCCUUCCGCCAGACAGUGAAGAAGGCAAUCUCCCUCUGGCGCUCGGCGAACCCAGAGACAGUCUCCACGCUCGACACGCAGUUCGACUUCCUGAAGCAGCAGCUCGCCGACCGCUCAGCCGAGACCUCCACGCCCGAAGCAUCCGAGCCCCUCAUCUCGCCAGAAGACACGGCAAGGCUGCGCUCCGCCUUCGAGAAACUGCGCUUGGAGGCAGAGCACACGUCCGUGUGGAACGGGCGCAACAGACACGCACCGUACGCCACGCCCUGGAGACCGAGGGACUACAUGAGCGCCUUCGCCUUCAUCCCAAGAUAUCUCGAGGUCAAUCAGAAUAUCUGUGCCGCCGUCUACCUGAGGCAUCCGGUUGCGAGGCCGGGGCUGGCCGAGGUCCCAACGCCCUUCCAUGUGGAAACGGGGCAGCUAGCAUUCAACUGGUAUCUGAGGAGGCGGUAG